GGCGGGUUUGCUGGUAAUUACGACACAGACGGCAAGCACCUGAAGACAGCUCAGUGCCAGCCCCGGGUCGCUACAGCAGGGUGGAGUGGUCUGGGAUCCACAUGACGUUAGGUAACUCCACAUGCGGUCCGUGGAAGUUGUGUCUGGGUGUGCAGGGCUGAGAUGGACAUGGUUGUCUCUCGGCCAACCUGAAUAGACGCCAAGAUGACCGAGGCGAUGAAAAGAGAGGACGGCAGACACAAUCCGCUGGCGAGAGCAGGCUGGUUGUCAAGGGUCUUUCUAUGUUGGUUGACCCCGCUGCUGCACCUCGGCCAAAAGAAGAGGCUGGAUGAAAGUGACAUGUACAGCGUUCUUGCAGAGGAUCGCUCUGAAACACUGGGGGAGGAACUACAGAGAUUUUGGGACCAUGAAGUUUGUAAGGCCACAAAGAAACUUCAGAAGCCAGAACUCACCAGAGCUCUUAUUCGGUGCUACGGGAAGUCCUACGCAGGCGCUGGACUGUUUGUAUUUGCACUGGAGGUAAUUAAAGUCAUCCAACCACUUCUUCUGUGGAAAAUAAUCCAGUACUUUGAGAAUUACGACCCGGACGACCACCAGAGUCUCGUCAUGGUUUACAUUUACGCUGCUGCUAUGUCCCUGUCAGCCUUUGGGCUGAGCAUCCUCCAACACCUCUACUACUACCAAGUGAUGAGAAUAGGCAUGAAGAUGAGAGUGGCUGUUUGUCACAUGAUAUACAGGAAGGCUCUUGGUCUCAGCAGUGAAUCCAUGGGCCAAACAACCACUGGACAAAUAGUGAACCUCCUUUCAAAUGACGUCAAUCGUUUUGAUGAGAUCACACUCAAUCUGCAGUACCUGUUGGUGGGACCUCUUCAAGCCCUGGUGAUCAUUGUUGUCCUCUGGUACGAGAUCGGCCCCUCAUGUCUGGCCGGCGUGGCAGCCGUGGCCCUCAUGCUGCCUAUACAGACCUGUUUUGGAAAGCUCUUCGGCAUCUUCAGGAGCAAAACGGCACUUCUUACUGACAACAGAAUCCGCAUCAUGAACGAAGUGGUGUCUGGCAUCAGGAUCAUCAAGAUGUACGCGUGGGAGAAACCAUUCUCAGCUCUGGUCACUGAAGUCAGGAGGAAAGAAAUCCUUCAGAUAUUGAGGAGCUCCUACCUACGAGGACUCAACAUGGCCUCCUUCUUUGCCAGCAGCAAGAUCAUUGUCUUCGUAACCUUCACCGUCUACGUCCUCCUGGGCAACACCAUCACUGCCAGCACUGUGUUCGUCACCGUUUCCCUCUACGGAACAAUCAAGCUCACAGUCACCUUGUUCUUCCCGCUGGCUGUGGAGAAGUUGUCAGAGACGGUAGUCAGCAUCCGCAGGAUUAAGAAUUUCCUCCUCCUGUUAGACGUGGAGAGUAGAAACUUGGGCCUGCCGCUGGAGGAAAAGAAGGAAAACUGCAUCGAGAUGGAGAAGCUGACCUGCUACUGGGAUAAGAGUUUGGACGCUCCAUCCCUGCAGAACAUCUCUGUCACAGUGAAGUCACACCAGCUCCUGACAGUCAUUGGCCCGGUGGGGGCUGGAAAGUCAUCCCUGCUGAGCGCCGUCUUAGGAGAGCUGCCAUGCAAUACAGGUACACUGAAGGUUGAAGGUCGUCUCAGCUAUUCUGCCCAGCAGCCUUGGGUGUUCCCUGGAACCAUCCGCAGUAACAUCCUGUUCGGGAGAGAGCUGAACCCCCAGAAGUAUGAGAAGGUCGUCAGAGCCUGCGCUCUGAAGAAGGACAUGGAGCUGCUCCCACAUGGAGACCUGACACAGAUCGGGGACAGAGGGGCCACACUCAGCGGGGGACAGAAGGCUCGCAUCAACCUGGCCAGGGCUGUGUAUCAGGAUGCAGACAUCUACCUCCUGGACGACCCUCUAAGUGCUGUAGAUGCUGAGGUUGGGAAACAUCUUUUUGAACAGUGUAUCAGUGGCCUGUUAAAGAACAAGUGUCGUGUCCUGGUCACCCACCAGCUGCAGCAUCUGAGGGCAGCUGACCAGAUUCUGGUCCUCAUGGAGGGUCACGUCAUGUGCCAGGGUACGUACAACGAGCUGCAGCACUCGGGCCUCGACAUCGCGUCCCUUCUGAGAAGCGAGGAGGAGCAGGACCGAUUGUCUGAACUGGCUGAGCCAGGCCGACUGUCCUUAUACAGCCAGAGGAGCAACAGAUCCCAGUGUUCUCACAGCAGCCUCCUGCCUCCACCUGAGAGCACCGGGACCGAGCAGCUUCCUGUGGAAACAGUUCAAACCAUGGCAGAGGAGACACGAGUUGAAGGGAACGUGAGCGGCCACAUUUACCUCAAGUACUUCACUGCAGGCUGUAACCCUGUGGUGAUACUCUUUAUACUCCUGCUCAGUGUGGCAGCAGAGGUUGCAUAUAUCCUGCAGGACUGGUGGCUGGUAUACUGGGCCAAAGAGAAGUUUUUUAACAGCACAGUCAGGGCUGUAAGCAUUAAACAUGGAGUUAAUGCUACGCACUCUGAACAGGAGUUCAGUCUGACAUUUUACCUCAGUAUUUAUGCAGGUUUGACAGCUGCUGCCGUGACGUUCGGCUUUGCCAGGUGUUUAGUGAUCAUUCACGCCCUGGUGAGAGCAGCUCAGACUCUGCACAACAACAUGUUCAACACUGUCAUCCGCACGUCUGUCCGCUUCUUCGACGUCAACCCCAUAGGAAGAAUUCUCAACAGGUUUUCCAAAGACAUCGGUCUGAUGGACUCCACAUUACCCAUCACCUUUGUGGACUUCUAUCAAUUGUUCUUGCAGAAUGUUGGCGUGGUUGCCGUGGCGGCCUCAGUCAUCCCUCUCAUCCUCGUCCCCGUCGUCCCGCUAGUUUUUGUCUUCUUGUACUUGAGGCGUUUCUACCUCCAUACAUCACGAGAUAUCAAACGCCUCGAAUCUACAACUCGGAGUCCAGUCUUCUCCCACCUGUCUUCGUCUCUUCAGGGCCUGUGGACGAUCCGAGCCCUAAGAGCUGAGGAAAGAUUAAAGAAAGCCUUCGACGCUCAUCAGGACCUGCACUCAGAGGCGUGGUUUUUGUUCCUGAUGACCUCCCGCUGGUUUGCACUUCGCCUCGACAGCAUUUGCUCCCUCUUUAUCACCAUGGCAACAUUUGGCUGCAUCCUGCUGCGAGACGGGCUGGAGGCUGGAGAGGUGGGCCUGGUGCUCACCUACGCCGUGACACUGGUGGGAAACUUCCAGUGGACGAUGAGGCAAAGUGCCGAAGUGGAGAACAUGAUGACAUCAGUGGAGCGGGUGAUGGAGUAUACAGAGCUGAAAAGCGAAGCACCCUGGAAGACACAGAAGAGCACCUCUCCUGAUUGGCCAGACAAAGGUCUGGUGACCUUUAACCACGUGAACUUCUCCUACGGUGACGGCAGCCCGCUGGUGCUCAGAGACAUCAACGCCACCUUCCAACCCCAUGAGAAGGUUGGUAUUGUGGGUCGGACCGGUGCUGGCAAAAGCUCUCUGGUCUCAGCGCUGUUCCGCCUGGCAGAGCCUCAGGGGAAGAUCUACAUCGACGGUGUUCUGACCUCUGAGAUCGGCCUCCAUGACCUGCGCCAGAAGAUGUCCAUCAUCCCACAGGAUCCAGUGCUGUUCACUGACACGGUGAGGAAAAACCUGGACCCUUUCGGCCAGCACAAUGAUGAAGACCUGUGGAAGGCGCUGGAAGAGGUCCAGCUGAAGUCUGCCGUGGAGGAGCUGCCCGGUAAGUUGGAGACGGUUCUGGCUGAGUCGGGCUCCAACUUCAGCGUGGGCCAGAGGCAGCUGGUGUGUCUGGCCAGAGCCGUCCUGAGGAAGAACCGCAUCCUCAUCAUCGACGAGGCUACAGCCAACGUGGACCCCAGGACAGAUGAACUGAUCCAGAAGACAAUACGGGACAAGUUCAGAGAAUGUACUGUUCUGACCAUCGCUCAUCGCCUCAACACCAUCAUAGACAGCGACAGGAUACUGCUAAACAGCAGAGGGGGUGAAGAGGAUCUGAUGCCAGUGACAGGCGACCAAAUGAGACAAGGUUAUUUUGAGUACAAUUACGAUAAUGUCUCUGCACAACUCAUCAAACAAACAGGUGCUGGACAAUGGUGCAAUCCAGGAACUAGACCGGCCCUCCAUACUGCUGCAAAACAAAGAGGGAGCGCUCUACAAGAUGGUGCAACAGAUGGGUCAGGUGGAGGCAGCAGCCCUGCUAGAGGCAGCCAGAUAGGUAACACCACCGUCCUCAGGAACAUGUUCAAAGCCUACCUGUCUCCUGUGACUUGUAUGUGCCAACACCUGACUCAUUCAAGGCUAUAGUAUCAAAGCAACUCAAUCAACUACCUAAUGGCAAAGUGUGAUCUUUUCCUAGUAUGUGGUUGAAAACUCAUUUUGAAUUUUAAAAAUGCUUUUUAUUACAUGUGGCGAAGCCGCUCUUAUGAAAUUGUCCCAAUGAAUGUGCCCUUUAAUCUUGUAAUUCACUGUUUUUGUACAUGUCUUCUCAUAAAGAUCUGUCCUUUUUAA